UGGGGGAAAUGCCCUGGGAGGGUCCCGUGUGGCCGCAUAAAAUUGGCAGCCUCAGAACUAGGGGGAAGGCGGGUGUGCGACGUCGACGGGCGGGGAGAGGGGACGGAGGAGCUGUUCUCUGAAUCUAAAUCCGUGGGCACUCCACGAGAUCCCCAGGCCGGAGCAGAGGGGGCCGACGGGCCCAGCCGACUGUGAGCUUCUGCUUGCUUACCACUGCCUGCUUUUUCGGACUGGAGCCACAGCUGUUCCUCAUGGCCUAGUUCCGGACACUAGGGUGCCACGAACGCGCUGAUGCCCCGAGCGCUCGCAGGGCCUCCAGCUAACCAUGCCGCAGCCGCCCUCAACCGCACUGGCGCUGCCCCUGCUAGUGCUGCUGCUGGUGGUGGUGCAGACGCCGCCCCCGACCAGCGCAAGGCCGUCCCCAGGUCCCGAUUACCUGCGGCGCGGCUGGCUGCGGCUACUAGCGGAGGGCGAAGGCUGCGCUCCCUGCCGGCCAGAAGAGUGCGCCGCGCCGCGGGGCUGCCUGGCGGGCUGGGUGCACGACGCGUGCGGCUGCUGCUGGGAAUGCGCCAACCUCGAGGGCCAGCUCUGCGACCUGGACCCCAGUGCUCAUUUCUACGGGCGCUGCGGCGAGCAGCUUGAGUGCAGGUUGGACGCAGGCGGUGACCUGAGCUGGGGAGAGGUGCCGGAGCCGCUGUGUGCCUGCCGCUCGCAGCGCCCGCUCUGCGGUUCCGAUGGACGCACCUACGCCCAGAUCUGCCGCCUGCAGGAGGCAGCCCGCGCUCGGCCCGACGCCAACCUCACUGUGGCGCACCCAGGGCCCUGCGAAGCGGAGCCCCAGAUCGUGUCGCACCCAUACGACAUUUGGAAUGUGACAGGGCAGGAUGUGAUCUUUGGCUGUGAGGUGUUCGCCUACCCCAUGGCUUCCAUCGAGUGGAGGAAGGACGGUUUGGACAUCCAGCUGCCAGGGGAUGACCCCCACAUCUCUGUGCAGUUUAGGGGUGGACCCCAGAGGUUUGAGGUGACCGGCUGGCUGCAGAUACAGGCUGUGCGUCCCAGUGAUGAGGGCACCUACCGCUGCCUUGCCCGCAAUGCCCUGGGGCAGGUCGAGGCCACUGCUAGCCUGACUGUGCUCACACCAGACCAGCUGAACUCCACGGGCAUCCCCCAGCUGCAAUCACUGAACCUGGUUCCUGAGGAAGAGGCUGAGAGUGAAGAGAAUGAUUACUACUAGGUCCAGAGCUCUGGCUCAUGGGGGUGGGUGAAUGGGCAUAGUGCUCAUCCAUGCUCUUGAAAAAGCCUGGGAAGGGGGAGCAGGGUCCCUUCAUGGAUCACUUUAAUGCUCUCAUUGGGGGCUGCUCAUGAUGGUGGAGGUAGGGGACAGAUGAAAGUUGGUGGAGCAUAGAGAGAGGCAGAGACUAGGAGUGAUAGGAUGCAAAGGGGCCUGUUCAGGAACUGCUCUGGCCAGUAAGAUCUGCAACCUAGGCCAGCCAGGCAGAAGGCAACAGGUGGGGGCUGGGGUGGGGGCUGAAGCAUACACAAAGAUGUGCAGACACCAGGAUCUUCUUCUUUCUGGCAGCCCUCCCUCUGGCCCUGCUCAGCCACUCUCUCCUAACUGCCCUUCCCCACAGGCCCUGGUUUCUGCUAUUAUUUUUCUGGUCCCCAACCUUUGCCUAGCCUAUUCACCCUUCCUCAAAACUUAUCUUCCAGAAGUUUUCCCUCUCUCCUAAGUCCCAGUUGCACUUAUUAACUGCAGUCAUCCUUGCUGUUUGCUGUCUUUUGUACAGGGGGGCACAGUAGAGCAUGGCUUAGUUCAGUGCAGUAAAAUUGGCUAGGCCAGCUCUGUGUCUUAUACCACCUUGUAUUGGACAAAGCCUAGCACAGGACUAGGCACACUAGGCACCAAUAAAGAUUUAUAAACAAACUGA